AUGUUGGUUCGUUCUCCUGGCUAUUUUACUUUCCUGUUGGCACUCUUUGGGAGAUGUGUGGAAAGUCAGACACCUGCCGAUGUAAACAGUCUAAUGGAAGAUCUAUUUGCCAACUACAGCCAUAAAGUCCGUCCUGUGAGUGACCAGUUUUCCCCUAUCAUCCUUGAUGUCAGUAUGUUCCUUUGCAGUGUUAACCAGGUAGAUGAGGUGAAUGAAAAGCUGGUGACGACAGGUUUUCUGGGUCUGUCGUGGAUUGAUGAUCUCUUACAAUGGGAUCCUGUCAACAGAAAUGACAUAAAAUCCAUCUUUCUUCCUCAGAACGACAUUUGGAAGCCAGAUUUGGUGCUGAAAAAUGGCUUUGAGAGAUUUCAUGAAUUGGGAGGAUCCUUCUACUUUCUCUCAGUUCAUAACACCGGACACAUCCUGUGGUAUCCGUACGAAGUAUUCGAAACUCGCUGUUCCAUUGAUAUUACUUACUUCCCUUAUGAUAAACAAACAUGCAAGAUAACAUUUAUAGUUUGGAGCUAUUCCGUCAAUGAAGUUAUAAUUACGAAAUCUUCUAAUGGGAUAUCCUUUUAUGAAUAUGAGGAAAACAGUGUUUGGACAAUGUUGUCAACCAAUUCUGAAAUUAAAAGAGACGCCUAUGAAUCAGAAAUAUCAUUUACUAUUGAACUACAACGAAAAUCCCAGUAUUAUGUCUUAAAUAUGAUUCUCCCUAUUAUCUGUUUGGGCUUCUUGAGUCUGUUGGUUUUCGUCAUUCCCGUUGAUGCAGGGGAGAAAAUGGGGUACUCCGUGACUGUUUUUCUGGCGUUUGCGGUAUUUCUUACUAUAAUUAGUGAGGAAUUACCAGCAAAUUCUGAAAAUACAUCAUUCCUUAGCGUUUACCUUGUUCUUCAAAUGUUGAUCGGGGCAUUUGUUCUUGUUAUCUCCGCAAUACAACUGCGAUUGCAUCACAGGAAGAGUAACCAUGGUAUGUCAAAGGUCUUUGUGGGAAUUGUCAGGUUUGAGCAGUGUCUGAGAUGCGUCAAAGGGUGCCGCUCUUCUGGAAAAGUUGACGCAGUUAUCGUAGUAAAAAGUGAAGAAAAAGAAGAAGCGAUCAAUGAGCAUGACAUUGAAUGGAAUGAUGUUUCAUCAGCGAUUGACUUUCUUUGCUUUUGGAUGUUUUUUCUUAUUAAUGUUGGUGUUACGUUGUUUUUGUUUUUGCACAUAUCUAGCUAA